GACUGUGGCUGUGGCCCCGGGAGAGCCGGGUGGGGCCUCGGGAUGCAGCCGCCGGUGCCGGGGCCCCUGGGCCUGCUGGACCCUGCAGAAGGGCUUUCGAGGAGGAAGAAGACGUCGCUCUGGUUUGUGGGGUCUCUGCUGCUGGUGUCUGUCCUCAUAGUGACCGUCGGGCUGGCUGCCACCACCAGGACGGAGAAUGUGACCGUGGGGGGCUACUACCCAGGGAUCAUUCUCGGCUUCGGAUCUUUCUUAGGAAUUAUUGGCAUCAACUUGGUGGAGAAUAGAAGGCAAAUGCUGGUGGCAGCGAUCGUGUUUAUCAGUUUUGGCGUGGUGGCCGCCUUCUGCUGUGCCAUCGUGGACGGCGUAUUUGCAGCACAACACAUUGAACCGCGGCCCCUCACCACAGGAAGAUGCCAGUUUUACUCCAGUGGGGUGGGGUACUUGUACGACGUCUACCAGACAGAGGUCACCUGUCACUCCCUGGAUGGCAAGUGCCAGCUGAAGGUGAGGAGCAAUACCUGCUACUGCUGUGACCUCUACGCCUGCGGGAGUGCGGAGCCGUCGCCCGCCUACUAUGAGUUCAUCGGCGUCCGUGGCUGCCAGGACGUGCUGCACCUGUACCGCCUGCUCUGGGCCUCUGCGGUUCUGAACGUCCUGGGCCUGUUCCUGGGCAUCGUCACCGCCGCCGUCCUGGGGGCCUUCAAGGACAUGGUUCCUCUGUCCCAGCUGGCCUACGGCCCAGCCGUCCCACCACAGACCCUCUACAACCCCGCCCAGCAGAUCCUGGCCUACGCAGGCUUCCGCCCGACGCCCGAGCCCGUCCCGACCUGCUCGUCCUACCCUCUGCCCCUUCAGCCCUGCAGCCGCUUCCCAGUCGCGCCCUCCUCUGCCCUGGCUUCGUCUGAGAACCUGCAGCCGCCCUCUCCAGGCAGCUCUGGCUGUGGGCUUCCCGGCCAGGCUCCACCGCGCUACGCACCCACCUACUUUCCCCCGGGGGAGAAGCCACCCCCCUACGCACCCUGAUAGAGGCGUGGAGUAAAAGAUAACUUUUGUUUGUUUGAAAAAAAAAAAAGGCAACCUCUAGAAAUCCCGCUUCUGUGGCCAACCUCCUAGAGAACCCAGGAGAACGUUCCAGAAGUCUGUCCCCUCCUUCCCUCCCUGGCACGCUGGUGAGGGAGGCUGGGACCAGGCAGGGAGUGGGGCCCUCCAGACCCAGGCUGGUGACACCUCGGCUCGGGCUCUGCUCACACCAAACGGCGCUGAAAGUUCCCACCCGGCCUCCUCCUCUGAGAGCAGUUGUUCUGGUGUUUUCACAUCCCUUAACUAAUUAGCUAUUAUGAUUCUGCAAAGAGGGUGC